AUGGCUGAGAUUUGGAUUCUGGUUUUGUGUUUGGGAGUUGUGGGUCUUGCAGUGCCUGGUUCAACUCAACAAUCAUCAAGUGCGUUGUUUGUGAUCUCGGGUCCAGAGGUUCUGUAUGUCGGGACCCCCACUCCGCUGGCUGUGACCGUCCUGGCCAACUUCACUGUGAGGGUGACAGCCGAAGCAACGCAAGGCAACAUCAAAGUAUCCCAGACGGAGGACUUUGCAGGAGGUCUCACUGGGAUACUCACACUACCAUCUAUUGAUGGAUCUGUAACCCAGGGUUCUCCUGUGGACUUAACGGUGAAGGGUUAUAAGGAGGAUGAACUCAUUUUUACCAACACCACCAGCCUCACAUUCGACCUCAGGAAUAUCUCCACCUUCGUCCAAACUGAUAAAUCACACUACCAGCCAGAGGACACCGUCAAAGUCAGAGUUGUGGUGGUCCAACUGGAUAAUCAUCCAUACAAAGGCGAAGUGGAUAUCGUGAUACAGGAUCCCAGUGGAAGAACUGUUGACAGCGGGUCGUCCACUGGGAAUCAUGGGAUUGUGUUGCGGGAAUUCAGAUUAUCGCAGACAGCUUCACUGGGACAGUGGAAAGUCACAGCCACAGUGAACGGAGUGGAGGAUGAAAAAACAUUCAUUGUGGAGAAUAAUGAAGUUCCUCCUUUUGAAGUUUUGAUCAAGACACUUUCCAAUCUUCUCACUGGUGAUAACAUUUCAGGAUCAGUCAGAGCGCUUUACCUCAGUGGACAGCCCGUACAUGGAACAUUAGCUGUGUCUGUUACUUCAUCUUCUACAGAUGAUUCAGGCGCCCCAUUCAUGCGAACACAAACUAAAGAGAUCUAUGGGUCUGCACAGUUUUUCUUCAGUAAAUAUGAGCUUCAGGUCCUGAACACCAUGUCAGACAGCGGACAUGUUGUUGUGCAUGUCACUGUCGUUGUUACUGACAACUCCACAAUCACCCAAGGACUUACAGUGAGCAAAACAGUUGAGGUCCAUCUCAGGAAGAACAGUCAUGAGCUAUCAUUUCAUGGUUUUCCACAAACAUUAAAGCCGUCCUUACAUUUCUCCACACAGUUGAAGAUCUCUAGAUCUGACACAAAAGCUCUGACCGCCACAGAUUUAACACACUCUGCAGUGAUUGAAAUUACUCAGAGAACGUCCACGAUCAGUGUUGAGCCCACAUCCCUGACACUUCCAGUGCCUGAGGACGGGAACGUCCACAUUAGGUUUCAAUUACAGGCUCAAGUAGAGACCGUUUUUAUCCAUGCCAGAUAUCAAUCUAAUGAGGUGACUCUGCAGGUCCACAAAAACCAGUCCUCACCUAGUGGCUCAUAUAUCCAGGUCUCCCCGAUCAGUCCUGCCCUUGCACAGAUUGGAUCACCUCUUCAGAUUAAUGUGGAGAGCACUUUCACAGUAACCCAGCUUCACUUUCUGGUCAUCUCUAGAGGUCAAGUGGUGGCUGCUGGGACAAAGACCUCCUCCUCUUUUUCUCUGACCCCAACACUGUCCUGGUCCCCUGAGGCCUGUGUCACCGUCUACCACAUCCUUUCAGACGGGGAGGUCAUCAGUGACACGGCAAACAUACCCGUGAACCAACACACUAAUAUAUCUCUAAAUUGGAGCAGUAACAAAGCCCAGCCUGGCGAACAGGUGACCCUUAGUGUAACUGUCCCAGAAAUGCAGUCCCAGGUAGGAAUCGUGAUAAUGAGGACACAUGAUGCCGCUGCAGAUUUUUACCAGGAAUUAACUGUGGAGCAGGAAUGUAACAUUAGGAUACUGACAAAUACCAGAUUGUAUGACAUAAAGCAUCUUGAUGGAUCUCAACAAGUGAGAAAUGCCUUAAGUAUAGAGCGAUACUGGAGCCUCUGGAUGGACACCGCUGAGCCCCUGCUGUGGUUAGAUGCCACCGUUAGUGGUAAUGAAUGGACGAGUGAAGAAAUAACCGUGCCAGAUGGUGUUCCAUCUUUGAGAGCUGCUGCACUGGUAAUGUCAGACAAUCUGGGCUUGGGCUUCACUCCAAUACCAAAACAACUGACUGUGUCCAAAGACUUUUCCUUGUCUUUGAAUGUACCUUCAUACGUCAUCAGACAAGAGGAGACUGUGCUGGAGGUGAACAUCAUUAACCAUCUAGAGCAGGAUUUAGAGGUCAUUCUACUAAUCGCACAAAGUGACGCCUUUGAGUUUGUUUUGGAAAACCGAGGAGAUUUCUCUGUAGUAAAUGCCCAAAAACUCACUUUAGGUAGCCAUGCAGCUGGUUCGGCUCUGUUUCCUAUAAAACCUGUAGCACUGGGUGAAAUUGAAAUAUCUGUGGAUGCUGUGUCUGCAGAGGCCUCAGAAAGUCUUGUUUGGAGAGUGUUGGUAAAGCCAGAGGGAGUUGAAGAGUCCUUUUCUCAGAGUCUGUUUCUGGAGGUGCCACCGUUUAACACCGACUUUUCCACAUCCAUCUCUUUCUCCCUUCCACCACAUGUGGUACCCGACAGCCUGAAGGCCUAUGUGGCAUUAGGUGGUGAUAUACUGGCUUUGUCCAUCAGCAAACUGGAUUCACUGGUUCCAGUGCCUGUUGGUUGUGGGGAGCAAAACAUGAUCCACUUUGCUCCAAGUAUUUAUAUUCUCCAAUACCUGGACAAGACCAACGACGACGAUAUAGAGAUCAGGAGUAAGGCUCUGAGCAGGAUAACAGAAGGGUAUCAAAAACAACUGUCCUUCCGACGAAAUGAUGGUUCAUUUAGUCCAUUUGGAGCCAGCGACAGCUCUGGUAACAUAUGGUUGACAGCCUUUGUGCUAAGAUGCUUCAUCCAGGCUCAAGCCUACAUGCAGGUGGACCAGAGCGUCCUGACCCAGGCCAUGACCUGGCUGUUGGAGCACCAGGGCCCAAAUGGAGAGUUCAAUGAAGUGGGUCAGCUUAUGAACACAGAAAUACAGGGAGGGCUGGAUAAUGGUCCUGUGGCACUGACCGCCUAUGUCCUAAUAGCACUACUGGAGGACCAGACAUUAGCGGAAAGAUAUGAAGGCAAUGUUUCCAAGGCCCAGCGCUACCUGGAGAAUCAGGCGUCCACAGGAGUGGUCAGUAACUACAGCCUGUGUCUGAUGGCAUACGCUUUAUCUCUGGCCUACAGUCCAGAAGCUCAGAAUAUCCUGGAGGAGCUCAAAACCAGAGCUGAGAAGAGAGAUGGAGCCAUGAUGUGGCGUUCCUCCGCUGGCGUGGAGUCACAUGGCUGGCAGCCCCGCUCGGCUCAGGUUGAGAUGACAUCCUAUCUUAUCUUGACUUUUUUUAAGCGUGGCAGCUUUUUGGAUGGCAUUGACCACUUGAAGUGGUUAAGUAAGCAGAGAAGUUUUCUUGGAGGCUAUGGAACAACACAGGACACAGUGGUUGCUUUACAGGCUCUGGCUACCUACGCUGCCUUCAGUGGGGCCAAGGCCAUUAACCUCAGCCUCAACAUGUCUUCACAAAGUCCCUCAUUUGCGUCACUUUUUCGUAUUAAUGGCACGUCUUAUCGGACAUAUCAGAGCCAAGAGGUUAAUCUCGACAAAGACGUAAACAUAAGUAUACACCUCGAAGGAAGAGGAUUUGCUACAUUUCAGAUCAAUCUGUUUUAUAAUCUGGAGAGCCAAGCAUUCACACAGAACCUCCGGCAUAUGAAGGACAAUGAGGCUUUCUCACUAAAUGUGGAGCUCAUUAAUAAAGAGCAGUACAACCACAUGCUGUUAUCGAUAUGCAUGAAGCUAAAGGACAGUGAGGCGAUAUCUCAGACGGGCAUGGCUAUACUGGAUGUGGGCAUGCUCAGUGGUAUCGGUCUCUCCCCUGGAGCUGCAGCCCCAUCGGAUCUCAUCCGAAAAGUGGAGAAACUGCCUGAGAAAAUCAUCCUCUACCUUGAUUCAAUUAACAAAACACAGGUUUGCAUCAAACUCCCACUCGUCAGAGUUUAUAAAGUGGCUCGUGUUCAAGAUGCUUUGGUACACCUUUACGACUACUAUGAACCCACGAGAAGAACAAGAAGGACUUAUAACUUAGAUGUCCUGCACAACAUGGACUCAUGUGUCUUCUGUGGUGAAAACUGCGAACACUGUCGACCAGGAGUCAGCAUCAUGGUAUCCCCGGCAACAGUUUCACGCUCCAUAAUCAGCGCCACCUACAGCUUAACUUGCCUGUUUGUUUCUGCUUUUCUUAUUGUAGCCUAAAUAGAUGGGAUUGUUUUGUAUGAUCAUAACAGAAGUGAAGAAUAUAUAUAUAUAUGAAGAACCAUAAUUUUUCUAUGUCUUUAAUAUGCACUGAAUGCAAUUUCAACAUAUUGUUAUUCAGAAUCAUUUUACAUUUUUUGACAAAUGAUUGUAAAAAUGAUAAAACCAGGGUUAUGCUGCUUUUGUAGUGCACAUGUGCUUUCAACUGUUUAUAAUUUUUUAGUACAAUAUUGUAUCUGAAGAGGAGUGAAAAGGGAAUUGCUGUCUUUGGAAACUAGUAACAGUCAUGUAUUUACUCUACUCAUCGCAGUUUUUAUAUGAAAAUAUUAAAACCAUGCAUUUUCUUUUUUACUUUA